UCAGUUUCAUGACGCUUAUUUUGUUGUCUUCUUAGCCAAGUUACUGUAGCUGCUGCACUGUCUCUGUCUGUGAUAAUAACAACACAUGUUGCAGUGAUGUAGCACACAGAACAAGGACUAAACCCAGCUGUAACCAGCUAACUUUAGCUAAUGCUAAAAUCUGUUUUUUAAACUUAAGUGGCUCCGUUUGACAACCAGCUAGCUAACUAGCUAGCCAGACAGACGCUACAAGCUGCUGUGCGAUGUCCUGCUGUUUGUUUUUCAUAAAGGCUAACUAACUCAGCUGCCAGGUGGCUAACAGAGCUACCUAGCUACGUCUUUAGUGUGCGGUGUGAGGCAGAAAACACACCGCAGGCAGACACCUCCUUAUGCUGUUGUUGGUACCCAGUGUCCAGCUAAGAUGUGGCAGAGUGUCGGGCUCACACUGCUGGUCAUUGUGGCCACACUGGUCUGUGCGCUGCUCUUCAUGCUGUUUGGUUGGUAUGUAGUCUGGCAGCUCUUCCUGUCCAAGUUCAAGUUCCUGCGAGAGCUUCUCGGUGACGCCAGCACCCCGCCGGCGGAAAUGCAGCCGUCUGAAACCAAGAGCGAACGGACAGCCAACGUCCCGACUCGGAGUCGGCCCCGGACCGCACGCCAAAGAGUCGCCUUUCCAGAAAGCACUUCAUAGAUGCCCCACACUGCCACUGUUUCCCUCACUCACAACCCCUCUCUCUCAAACGCCAUGUGUUAUCAUCAGAGGCGUGGACAUUUGGUCGUCAGCCCUCCUCUUCACCAAGACACUUUAAACUGACCAGGCAGAUCUCCUGGCUUCAAAGGGAAAAGCCAUUACUGUCCAUUUCUGUUCAUUAUGUGUAGUUAUGUUCUGGGGCCCACCUCACGCCCCCCUAAUCCUGCAAUAGUGACGGCCACGCUGCUUCCUGCCAUGUGAAGUAUCAGAGGACACAAAGAGAUGUGCUAAUUUUAAUGUACAUGUUUUAAUCUUGUCUUAGAAAAAAGUCGUACUUUGAAAAAAGAAGGCGGUUAAAAAUGACCUCGUCUGCAACAUUUAACCAACUGCAGAUAAACAGAGAGUGAUUUGUACAACUGACAAUUUAAUUUUCUUUGACUAAGUGCAAUGAAAGGAAUGUGUGUGCUGUUUUGUUGUUUCUUGCACAGUGUACUCUGCGUAUGAUGGACGAACAUGGUAGAUAAGGCCCAACGCCUCCAAGAUGAAGAUAACAAAUAACUUUAUUCCUGUUGUGUAAAAAUGUGACCUUGCAACUUUUCCUUCUUUAAAAAAUAAAUAGAUUUUUACUUGAAGUGUCAGGAGAAGGUUUAAAGGCAAUCUUAGUGUUUGAAAGCAGUUGUUAACGUUAUUACUUUAUCUGUAGGGGCAACAAGGCUUCCUCUCCUGUUCCCUGUUCCUCAGUCUGCACAUGUGCCUGUUUAGAUGGCAUCCAUUGUUCGUCACAUGGCCUCCUUCUUUUUGUAUAGCUGACAGCAGCUUUGAAUCCAUUAGAAAUCAGAGCUGACCUAACCAAUAUCUAUGUUAUAUUCUCCCUCCAGGUUAAACUCAUGUAACUCUUGCACCUUUUUAAUCAGCAGUGAUUUAUUUUCUUCUUCAGUGGAGCAGUAGCUUCAAAUAAAUAAUGCCAUAACAUAAA